CGAGGAGGAUGGCCAGCAGCAAGCCCAUGAGCACCAGCUGCCAGAGCAUUGCGACGGCGGCCAGCAGCGCGGCGACCACGGCGGCAGCGGUGUCCAUCUCGGCCUCGAACGCGACCUCCGUGGGAUCCCUCAUCGCCGCCGCCUGCCUGCAGCAGCAGCAGCAGCAUCCCCACCAGCAACAGCAGCAGCAAUACCUUUAUCAGACGCAGCAGCAAUCAUCGCACUAUGUCAACGGCACCGGCAGCCUGGGAAGGCUCAAGUUUCACAAGAGUCUCGAUGCCAGCGACGAGGAAAUCGAGUAUGCGCAGUUAUCUCGCUCCACGCAUAUCCUGGGACGCCAUAAGUCGGAGCGCUUUCUGGCCUCCAAUCCGGAUGAGGACCGUCGGCGCCGCACAAUAAUCGUCGAGAAGAAGAACAACUCGUAUGGGUUCACCCUGCAGAGCUACGGAAUCCACUACAAACGGGACGAGGAGCUGGAGAUGAUCACGUAUGUGGACUACGUGGAGUACGGUGGCCCGGCCUAUCGAUCAGGGAUGAGGGAAGGCGAUGUUAUCCUCUCCAUCAACGGCAAAGAUAUGGAGAAGGCGGACCACAAAACCAUCGUCGAGUUCAUCAAGCAAUGUGACACCAGAAUGCGAAUGGUCGUCCUCUUCGAGGACUGUGUGCGGAAGGUGGACCUCCACAUGCGGUACAUCCAACUGCAGAGCUUGCUGCAGCAGAAGAUGAAUGAGUUGGAGAGAGUUCAUCUGAGGGAACGCGAGUUGCUGGAGGGCAAGUGGAAAACGCACAGCUUGCCGGCGCGAAAGAAGGCCAAUGCGAACACCUCGCCCAGCGAUGGGGAAGGUGUCUCACCCACAGAAGCAGGUGGAGAAGCCAGCUUCUAUCGUCCCGCUCUCUCCACCGAGGAUGUGCCCAACAUGGCUGCCCGCCAGCAGUCGGUCGGUGGACAAGGGAUCAUCCCGCCUCCCGCUCAAUUUAUGCUCACCUACCACUACCUGGAUCCCACUUACCGGUACGUUCUGCGACCCACCCACGGCAGCUCGGAGGAUUACAUCGAUGGACUGGGUCUGCAGAGGAGCAGCAGCGAUCACCAGCAAACCGCACAGCGUUACAUCCUCCAGCGAACCGAGUCCAUGGAUACGAAUACGAUGACUCAACCGACAGCAUCGGCUCCCACUCAGUACCACAGCACCACUGGUGGAUCGGUAAAGCCACCGGCGCCACCACCUCGCACCUGUGAAAAGCACAAGCCACCAGCCAAACCACCAAAGACGGAGAAGGAAAAGUCCACUGGGAAGCACUGCCACGUGGGACACUCGUGCAAUCCCUGCUUGGGCCACUUCCGUUGGAAGUCGGCGGAGAAGUCUGCGAUUCCGGCGCCGGAUAACGUGAGUUUGGAUGCCUACGAUCUGGCCAGUCCCUGCUGCGAUACGCAUUGUGUGCCGACGAGGAGGCGACAUCGCCAGCACAAGGAGCAUACGCAUAAGCACAAGCAUCGCGAGCGGGAACGGGUGGACAACAAGGAGCAGAGGGUCAGGCCCAAGUCCACAUCCAAUGCCUCGCCCAACACCAACGGAGGUGGAGGUGGAAGCUCGGGAUCUGGGCAUCACCACCAUCAUCAUCAUCACCAUCACAGCCACGAUCAGCAGCAGCAGCAGCAACAACAGCAACAACUGCAGCAGCAACAGCAGCAGCAACAAAUGCAGGCAGUUCCCCACCAUCAUCACUAUUCCCACCAGGUGCAGAAUCCCUGCCAGGUGCAAUCCCAGACUGGCAGCACUCGAUCUCGAUACUUUGACUUGGCCUCCGGAUUGGCCAGUCACUGCAGCCUGCAUUCGUGCACCUCCAGUGAGUUUGCAACAGGAGAUACCGCCUCGUACACCACUUCCAUUAGCACGGAUACCUUAUUUUGGGAUCCCAAAAGCGAGGCGGGUCAAUCCCGACAGCACUCCACGAAAUCCAGGCAGUCCUACGAACAACAGCAGCAGCAACAACAACAGCAGCAGCAGCAACAACAGCAACAGAUGCAACAACAACCAGUUCAGGGACACCAUCAUCAUCACCAUCACCAGGGGGACUACCACCAACGAUAUCAUGUGACCGCCAACCAAAUGCAGCCCCAGCAGAUCUACCCGAAUACCAUAGCUUAUGUGCAGAAGCCCAAGUCCUGGGACAAUCUGGCCAACAAGGCGGGCUAUAAUGUGGGCUAUGGCUACCUUGACACAGUGACCGUUAAGCCAGCCAUAAAAAUGCAGAUUGCCCAGCAGCGACACUCGAUGCCGCGAAGGAAUCCGUACGGCAGAUACUCAACCUACGGCGAUGUGGAGAACUACGCCCCACCGCCCACCGAAUUCGUGGGCGAGCUGACCACCACCACAACCACUACGAUUACGGCCAAGUCCACGGAGGAGCUGUUGGCCGCCUGCGAUUGCCUGACCCCGCAGCAACAGGCUGCCAUCAAGGCCGCCCAGUAUCAGCUCAGCCAGAAUCAGAAGCUGACCCACCAGAACUCCUGCCAGAUGGGUUACUACUCGCACCUGCCGCGUCCCACCACCGAUGUGGGCACCUCCACCACCAGUCAGCAGGUGCACGGAGCGGGAGAUGUCCAGACCACGUCGGAGGCCACCAGGUUGUAGGUUGCAAUCGUCUGAAAAGGAAUCACUUUGCCAGGAACCGUCUAAGAAUCGUCUAAGUGCACUCAGAGUUUUUAAAUGGGUAUGGUUUUAAAUGAGUAUAUGAAUAUGAGAAUAUCGUGAGCAGAUUAUGAAUAUGAUUCAAACUUUUGAUAAUCAAUCAAAAAAUAAUACUCAUAAAUUUAAAAUUAAAGCGGUAAUUUUUAUUAACUUAUAAACCAAAGAAUGAAUUUCUUAGUUACUGUUUUAGAGUUUCAUUAUAGAAGUUUAUAAAAUAGAUAAUUACAUUUUUUUAGGUAGAUAGAUCGGCUCCAAUUUGAAUAACUCUUAUUUCAAUAUGUACUCAUUUAACUCACUUCUAACCCGAACGCUCACCAAUGAAUAACUAAAUUCAUCCUCUCGUGAGUGCACUAACAUUUAGCUCCAUUUGCGUCUGACAAACCAAACAUCGAAAUUAUUUGGAAUGGUAACCAAAGCCAAAUUUUAAACAUAUAACUCAAAUUGACAAAAAUCAAAUAGCUUAACUAUUCAAGCAUAUGUAGAGUGAGUUUUGUAAAUGUAAGAUAAAUGUUUAGGAUUCCAAACCCUCAAGACAAUACACUGCGAUAAGCCCGAAAGAAAAUACUUCUAAGAGUAGAUGAUUCCAAAUUUAAUACACUGUAAGAUCUUUACAAAUUAAACUUGUAGCUAUCUUAUAAGUAUGAAACUCACUUUAUAUGUACGCGAUAUAACUAGGACGCAUUGACGUUUAGAUUUUUGGAUUUAUUGAAAGACUGAAAAGCCAUGCGCAUAUUCCAAGUGAGAGAAAAAUCUGGCGUCUUGUAAUGAUAGUUAGAGGAUUAUAUAGUAAUGUAUAUGCCAUAUAAUAUGGUUACCUAUCAUUCAACUAGAUACUGUUUUACAUGUAGCAUAUACACACAUAUGUAAGCAUAUAUAUUUAUUGUAUACUGUAUCCGAUCAAUGUAAUUUAUUUCAUUGUGAUAGUGAAAGAGCAGGCACUAAAAACCGCAACAAUUUUAGUCGCAAUUUUAUCAAGCAACCAACCAAAUAUAAUUUAAAUGCUUUUAUGUAAUGCGAAAUGUAAAUGUUAUUGUACUUUAUGUAUUGCAAUAAAACUUGAAAAAUGUGUUCAUGUAGUGUGACCCC